AUUGUCAUUUCGUGAACACCGACUCAAUAUUUUAUUAUUUUAUUGAAAGUAAAGAUUGAACAAAUUUAACAACAAUCUUUAUCAUUACCAAUAAACAACUCCGAACAGAUGAAUUUCAGAAAAAAUUGAAUUAGGAAAAACUUAUAAGAUUGUUUGAAAAAGUAUAUAAUUGAAAAAAAUAUUCCAAUGAAACGAACAAUUAAAAACAAUCGUCCAACAAUUGUUAAACAUUUUUUAAAAAUACAACAGUAAUAAUUUAUCAGUCAUUUCAACAAAGCUUCGCACCCCUUCACUGCAUCCGUAACCCGUAACCUAACAAAAUCUGUACUUUGUGUAAAUGUGCCGAACGAAAUAUCUUUUUAGAAAAACGAUUAUUGGAUAUUCAUGUAAAAUGUCACUGUGUGCACAGUUUCUACGGCCGUCUCGUCUGUGUGCACCUGUAGCACGAGGAUUGAGCGCCACUGCAGAAGCUGUAUCAAUUCCAGAUGAGCCACUCCAGGUUUUUCGUACUUUGGAAAAUAAUCCAGCGAAUCACACUACUGAUCAUCUUCAUAGAUUUUACACAAUCGAGCCCAAAGUUCAACAGCGGUUGUUUGCCACAGGUGGAUUGCCUAAAAAAUUUGCCAAUAAUUGCGCAACAUUUUUAGAGUGCAGUCUACUCGUCCGGUCUCCUGCAGUCGACAUAAUUUCAUAUCUCAAUCAAACAGACUACACUAGACCAGCCAACAAAUACGUUUUAUAUGGCAAAAUGGGAGUUGGGAAAACUCUAACCGUAGCACACUUGGUGCACUAUGGAUUGGCAACUAAGAAAAUUAUAGUUCAUGUCCCUUGGGUCCCUUAUUGGUUCAAAACUCCCAAAGAAGUUGCCACUUCACUGACCAAAGAAGGAUAUUACGAUUUACCACUCGACGCAGCUACGUGGCUCGUCCACUUCAAACGUCAGAACGAACCUCUCCUCGCUGAACUCAAUCUGGUAGUUUCGAAAGAAUACGAAUGGAGUGCACGAGAGAUAACAAAAGCUGGAGCUCCUCUUACGGAGAUGAUAGAUCUUGGCGUGAGUCGAGUAAAAUACGCGUGCGACAUUAUUUACGCGUUGACCGAAGAGUUAAAACUCGCGAGUACAGCUGGAAAAUGUAACACGCUCGUUUUGAUCGAUGGAUUCAACGCGUUUUACGCAGAACAAUCGCGUAUAAAAGAUGAGGAGAAAAAAUGGCUCAAGCCAACUUACGUCUCGUUGACGGACGCUUUUUUGAAUAUAACGAAAUGGGAUUGGUGCAAUGGAGCAAUCGUAUUAACGGUUGAUCCAGUCGCCACUAUGAGUAAAGAUUACGAAAAAAGUCCAGGCCUUCCACGACUGAUGUUGGGUACUGAAGGUUUCGAGCAUCUCGACCCCUUUUUACCUGUCAAAGUUGACGAUUACACACCUGAAGAGUUCGAGUCGGUAAUGGAAUAUUACAAAGAUCGAAAAUGGGUGAGGAACAUAACGAAAGAGGGUCAACGAGAAUUGGAAUUGUUAAGUGCUCGUAAUCCCUACACUUUGAUGACUCGUACAACACACAUUUAAAUAAAUUUGUAUAUGAAAAAAUAUCUAAAUAGCUGUUAAUGAAGUUCUUAUCGUUGGCUGUCCAAUUUUCUAAGCUAGGUUGACGAGUCUUGGUCAUUAAAAUGCUAGAAAUUUC